AUGGGAGCGGACAUAGCACAUUCGGCGAAAGGAUACGAGUCAGAGGAUGAAAACGCGGGCAGAAAGUGGCAGAGGGCCAGCGACGAACGUCCAGCCAGUAAGACUACCAUGUACUCAAAGCAGGAAUUCCGAGAACAAUACUGCAUCAACAACAAACAACUGGAUCUGCUGGAAUUGGAGAAGUCCAAGAAGGAUAAAUUCCUCGGAUGUCUCUCCCAAUAUCACAUCGAGAGCCCCUGUUCGAGAGCCAAUAGAGCAUCAUUUCUAUCCGUGUGCGUCCGCCGACGUGUGCCCUCAGAUGAGAAUCUCAACACCGAUUAUGCACCCAUACAGCGGUAUCCCAGGUUUGGCCAACCCACCCCGGCACCGCCCGAGCUAUGCGCCUACGAUGCCGACCUGGAAUGCUCAUACUUCCGUCGACGUCCACGGUCGGUGUGCAGCCAACCUGACCCCAAGCGGUAUACAUGGAUGCCUGAGGACGAAGACUUCACCCGGAUGGAGUGGCCACAAUCGGUAAUAGAAGAUAACGCGGGUUGGCCGCAGAAUUAUAAUGUGGACCAAAUCGCGUCAGUCAGUCGUGGUGGCUCUCUGCCGAGGCCGCCUUCUAUAAUACCCUGUCCUGCCCACACACCGAUACCGCCGCCACCCCCGCCGCCUCCGCUUACCAUACCUCCACAUAGGACGAAACACGUCUCAUUUGCUCGCUCUCACACUCUCACGACGUUCGACGAUUCCGUCAUGCCGGCUGCCGUAGGAGGCAGUCGAUUUAGGAGAGAUUGUGAGAGGUUGAUCGAUGGUAGAGUUGUUAAGCCUGAAGCGAAGCAGUACGCGACGCUGCCUGUGAUGUUCCAGCCGUUUCCGCCGUAUCCGCAAUUCAUAGCUGCGCAGGCGCCGGCGCCUAUACACUACCCACCGCCGAUCGCGCCGAUGCCAACGCUACCGGCGACAUCAGUGCCAAGACCUACGCAAACAGAACAACCUAAGGUUGUUGUACUAGAUUCAAUAAAGAAAGGAGUGAUGCGGACACAAGCGACACAGACUGAAGUAUGUUUAGGAAGGAAACCAUUACCACCUAACUACUUGUCACUUAGCCCACGAACUAUUAAACGGGUUAAAAUGGUGGCGGCUGGCGUUCAAACUAACGGAUACACUGUAGGAGUAAGACGACUUACCAAGUCUUUCUCGGAGGUAGGAGGUGAUAGGUUAGCGGGUCGUGAUAAUCAAAGCGAUAUUCCCACUACUGUUGAAAGCUUCAUAGGAAAUGACCACGAAAAACUUCACAGGACACAGUCAGAAGAACCGCCUAGGUCUCCUAGAUCGCCGACCGCUAUGAUGCCUUCUUCACCUCUGAUGCAAAGAGGCGACUCUGAUGACGUCACUUCUUCUUCUGUAAAGUCUGUAGCUUCGUCACAAAUAGACAAAUCGUCGGAACUAAGCGCAUUACAGAGGCAGGCGCAAGAGUACUUCCAACAAAACUUUCAAUUUAUUCACGAAAGUGAUAGAGAUGAUACUAUAGAUGACGAUAUAGAAACUAUAGAGAAAAGUAUGGCAUUAAAUCGCAGAAAUUUAGAGUAUCUACAGCAAGAAAUAGCAAAACAAGCGAAAACCGAUAAAUCCCUUAGAUCUAUUCUGUCGAAAAGUACUAGCGAUGCUUCACAGAAAACUAUAAAUUCUUCGCACCCAUUCUCAAAGACUUCUACAUUCCAAUCAGAACCUUCUACAGAAACUUCAGCUACAACGACAGAUGAUAGUGAAAAGAAUGAAAAAGAAAUCAUCAUAGACUUUGAACCGCGACCUGAUGAUGAGGCUAUACCUUUCACUACACUCCGCAGAAAAUCAAGAAGAAUGUUACAGAAAACGUUAUCUGAGGGUGAAAUUCUUCUCGAUGUAAGAAAAACAGAAUUACAAACGAACGGAGAAGGUGUAAAAGACGCUCCUCUAGUAAUGUCAACGAGUCAAGAAAAUAUGACAAGAGAAGAUAGGGAACGAGAAGCAAUGUACAGACAAUACAUAGCUCAGAAUUACAAUCAAACUCCGAUAAAAGACGAAGGAAUAUUCGGAUUUGAACCCGAUGGAUCAUUUAGUUCUUCAGAUGGGAAUGCACCAUAUGAAGACUUUCACGAAAAAUAUAUUAGUUACAAGCAUGAGCCAUUUAGAAAUCGAAGCGUAAGUUUCGAGGAACCAACAGAAAUUACUAGUAAGAGGGAUGCUAUUACAACAAAGAGUACUGCUAAAUCAAGCCCCGGUUCUCCGGAACCUACGCAGCCAGAAACUGACGUGGAACAUAAAACAAAGCGGGCAGUGAUUUCAAAUAACGUAACGACAAUACCAGCGCCUUUAGAGAAAUCGUCGCCUUGUGCAUCAAACGAAUCACUUACAGUAGAUCCUACAAGAGAUCAUUCUGAUGGCAUGUGGAAUGAAUCCCAAACAACAGUUCUUCAGAUAGACUCUGGCACAGAAAAUGGCACUGUUAUCAGUUCGUCAGACCUGAGUUCUUUAGCUGCCUCGCCUGGAGCGCUAGCAUUGUUAACUCCGACAUCAAGACGAAAACAGCUUUUAUUACUGCAACAUCAGCAACGAUCUUCUUUAGACACAGAUGCUUUGGAUGAAGAGUUUGAUGCGUCACAGAGUCAGUCUCCUACAUCUCCAAGAAACAAACUAGAUACAUCAAGCUCCAGUUCUGCACAGGCAAGAGCAUCUUUGUCUCCACCAGCAGUUGUGCCAAGUGUUACUCUACCGAUAACAAAACAGCCAACUAUAUCGAAAGCCAUAUCGCCAAUAGCACCACCAAAAGUUAAUCAUACACCAGCGAUUGCUAUCACUCAUCCAAGUUUAGAUUUAGCAGAUGUACCGUUUAAGAGAACGCCGAGUUUUAUCAACAAAAAGCGAGAGAGAGCACUCAGUCCUUCCAGGCGAAGAGAUUUACAACGAAAAGCAAUGCAAAAGGAACCCAAUGGUACAAUACCGAAUCAAAUUAAAGAGUCACCGUCUGAACCUUCAUUAGCUAAAGCUCCUAGCAGUGAAACAAGUUUAAAUAGAACUGAUUCUGGUAAAAUAAAUACCACAGAUGUAUCUGAAAGUACAACAACAACUGAAGAUUAUGUCACAGCGAACUCAGAUAGUUCGAAGAAAAGCAACUGUAAAAAUCAGAAUCAGCAUCACGAAAAUAAUAAAGCCCAAGAAGGUUCAUCUUUUGAAAGUGCUUCCAGUCUUUACUCUUCUACUCGAACGGACAAUAUUCCAGAAGAGUUUGUCGUUCCAAGUUUUUCACCACCUUUGGAAUUAAAUGAUGAUUUCAUGGUACCUGAUUUAUCAUCACCACCAUUACCAUUACCUGAAAGAAUUUCAAAGUCAUCUGUAGAAAAGAUUGAAGUUAAAGCCGAAAUUACUCCGACCAUUGAACACAUCAAGAGAGAUAAGACUGACAUUAAAGUUAAAGAAGAAAAUAUACCAAGGGUCUCUAAGUCUAUACGUGGUACAAUAAGUGGCAAAAGUAGUUCAAGUGGAAGUUAUAGCAUAGGUGGCUCUAAUCCAAAUGUUACCGAAGAUGUUGAAGAGAAAACACCCACAGAAAAAAUUGUGGAAGUGCCGGAAAAGAUAGAAACCAAAACCAAAGAAGAUAAAGUAACGAGCCCAAUUCGGGAAAAAGAGCAACUAGUGCCAAAAAUGAUGGGUUCAUUAUCCGAUGAUGAAAGAAGUGUCCACUAUUCAUCUUCUGGUUACUAUGAAAGUCCCGUUGAGGAUGAUGAUGAUGGUGGAUUGAGUAAGAAAACUUACAAGCACUCUCAAAAAUAUAGAUCUACUAGCAGGCCGAAAAUGUGGCUCAGUGAGGAGAAACGAAGAAAGAAGAAGGCGUUUACGUUGGAAUUUUCAAAAUCAUACGAUGAUUCUAUAUCAACUUCACAAGAUGAUUGGGGUAAGAAAACAAAAGAACCUGAUAGCAUCAGCCAACGGUCAGAACGGAGUGUUUCAAAAACGUCAAACCUCAAAUCACCAGGAGAGGAAAAAUCAGAAGUUAGAAAGAAGAAGACUCACUUUAUUGACAAACCUAAGAGUGUGCAGUCAUCACCAAGAGAACCAGUUGACAUAGAAAAAUGCCUGAAAGAGAAAUCGGUCAAAGAAAAAGAGGAAAUAAAGCGACCUGUUGAAAGGGAACGUUACGUCAAAAGAACAAAAUUAAAGGCAAAAAGUCCUACACAGAGUAAGGCUAUAGAUGGAAGUCAUGGCUACAGACCUCAACAUUAUGACAGAAGGGAACCCAUGGGAUCUAACAUGAAACUACAUUUAAAUAUUCCUACGUCUGAUGAUUCCAGUGAACAGUAUAGAAAAGAUGGUGGUAGUAAUGGCAAUAUAUCACCAAGGAAGCACAGGAGGUUACGGGACAGCCCACGUAGGAAGACAGCUGCUAACUCUAAUAAUAUCAAAUCGCCGACUGCAACUGGCAACCACACAGGCUAUAGUUGUAGACCACGACGAAAAAGCGGGUCAAAUGAAAGCAUAUCACUACCUGGUAGUUUGCCGAGAAGAAAACAAUCAAUUCCCACAAUUCCAUGUGUCAGUUCGUUGGAAGCGGAAGAUAUAGAAACUACUAGAACAUUAACUAGUGCUGGAUCAAGACUCACUCCUUUGCGGUAUAUCAGAAGUCCUACGACUUCACCACGACAUCAUAGGAAGCAAGAUCGAGAUGGUAAAUUUGCAAAAGCAGCAUCAGCGGAAUCUUUGCGUUCAGUCUCACCAGGAUCAGACUCGGUCUUCUAUUCAGAACAGACUGAGCAAAGUCUUACCGGUGCUGAUGGGGAGGCUAAAACACAUUGCUUACAUUGUGGUAAAGAAGUUCAUAUCAUUACUGCUGCGCAUGAACACGACAGCGUGGCUUCAAGGACUUCACAUACUGAUGAAUCCUAUGCGGAUGCAACUCCAGAUAUCGUACCAGCUCCGGCUGGAUUUGCAGAUUCCCCUUCCUGCUCAACUGCAUCUAAAAAACAUACUGGAGCUCGGUUGUAUAAGAAACUGGAUAAGAGAUAUCGAUCUGAAGAUAAAUCUCGGCAUCAUUAUCGUCACAGGCAAGACGUCAGAGCAAAGUCUGAAGAAAGAGGUAAGGAAGAUUAUGCAGUUACCGAAAAGCCUGCUGACACGCGUAUAGCACGAUCUGCUGGCAACAGUCUUGACAAAUUAGCUGGAUCUAGCGCUAGCGUCGAUCCUGAUGAGCACGAAGAAUGUUCGGGAAGUUCAGAAGGUGCCGAAGGCGGCCGCGAUGAAAGAGGCGUUUAUGCGACACCCUGGUGGUGUGGUACCUGGAUUCUUCUAUCAGAAAAUGACGAUCAUUGGACCAGGAUCCCACCAGAUUCUCUAGACGCCAAAGAAGCUGGCAAAGACGAUCCGACGGAGUCAGAGACGGAAUUCAACAAGAGAUACGUGGCGCUCACGCACCGGUUGGUGCAUAGACGGGCGUGCAUCGAACUCAACAGACGACAAGCUGACAAUACAUUUGAAAGCGAUAAGACUGUUGUGGUCAGGCGCGGUAAUGAAGAGUUCGGCUUCCGUAUCCACGGCAGCAAGCCGGUGGUGGUGUCAGCCAUCGAACCCGACACGCCGGCCGAGACCUCCGGGCUGGAGGUUGGGGAUAUUGUUAUAGCUGUUAAUGGGAUCAAUGUUUUAGAUAAGACGCAUUCAGAAGUCGUGAAAAUAGCGCAUUCAGGAUCAGAAAUACUCGAACUAGAGGUGGCACGAACCUGUGAUGUCGUAGCUUCCUUAGCCCAUGAAAGCGGUCCAGCGGCGUUGUUCUCCGGAUAUCUCUGGCGUGCAGCUCCUUUGCGGCCGCAUCAUCCACCUCGCUGGACGCGGCGAUGGUUCGUCCUGAAGAGGGACAACUGCCUUUACUACUAUAAGACAGAUUCGAGUAUUCACCCAGUAGGAGCUUUGAUGCUAGUAAACUACCAGCUGACUGAGGAAGAUGUGGGCAAGCCCCAUGGGUUCCGACUGCAGCGCGGCGGCGGCGUUCGGCUGCAACUCGCAGCUGACAGUGCCGAGGCGGCCGCUAGAUGGCGUGCUGUUAUUGGACACGCGAUAGAUGCUAGCAAUCAACCCGAUGGUUGGCUAGAAAUAACAAUGAGGAAUAUGAAGCUACCUCCGUCUUCGAUCCCACGGCCUGACUGCUUCGGGUACCUGAUGAAGUUGGGCUCCAAGUGGAAGUCUUGGGCGAAGCGGUACUGCGUGCUGAAGGACGCUUGCCUUUACUUCUACAGCGAUGGUAACAGCAAGAACGCUUUUGGAAUGGCGUGUCUUCACGGUUAUAGAAUACAGACUUGUGCUCCUGGCGGGAAGAAGUUUGCCUUCGAGGUGAUGCCCACGGAGCCCAAACAGAGACACUUUUAUUUCCACACCGAGUCUGAAAUGGAUAGGAAACGGUGGAUGGCUGCACUGGAAUACUCCAUAGACCGAUGGAUGAAGGCCGGUUGACGACGACACAUCACUCUGAACGAUUCUUUUGACAAUUUAUAAUUUAGUUUCAUUAAAUACCUUAUUCGACACAACGCUUAACAUUCGUUCAAUCCAAUACAGUCGAUAGAUCUAGUUAUUAAAAUUAGUAGGUAUAUAAAAGUAGCAUCUCAAUACGCCAUCUGUAUUGGAUUGAAAGAAAAAAUUCAAAUUGUUUUAUGAAUAAAUAUAAGAAAGUAAUGACAACGUUGUUUCCCGUCCUGGAAAAUUACCUGUGGUACCACGUUUCAAGACAAAAAAUUUGAUUAUCGCCAUUAACAAUAAAUAUACGUUGUAAAUUUUAAAUAUUUAUUUGAUUUUAACAUUCAUAUUCUAUAAGAUUAUUAUUGCAACAUCGAAAUUGAUAUAUUAAAGCAUAGCUUUAAACUGUUUUAUUCUAAAAUAUAUAUUGAAUGAAUAUCAAUCACUAAGGGAAUGUAUUUAAAAUCUAUGACUGAAAUAAACGAGACUAAAAAGUAUGGAGACAUGUGAAUAAAAUUAUUCCUAAAUACGCAAUAAGGAUAUUAAAUUCUAUUGUUGGUCAAAUCAAAUAAUUGAUAUCAGAUUAAAACGUAAGUAUAAACGACUGAGGUCGUAUAAAUGUAAAAUGGAGAACUAAAAUAUCUAUUAACAUGUAUAGAUAUGUUAUUCCUAUUACAGCACAAUAUAUAUGCCAUUUAGGUGUGAGAAGUAGGUAUUAGAAAACUAGCGCUAUAAUGGACGUCGAUGCAUAUAAGUAAAUUAUACUUAUUCGUACACAAUCUAUUGGAUUUAUAUAAGUAAUUUUAUCCGUAUUUACCUGUAACCCGUUUGAAUAUGUGAUUAAUGUCAGUGUUGUGAAUUUUUGAACGUAUUUUUUAACAGUAUAGCUUUCUUAUUUGAUGUGAUUUUUUUGCGUACACAUGUAAAUAUUUCAUGAAGAAGGGUUACAGAAUUGUCAAGUCGUAAAUUUAUAAGAAUAAAUUCACAUAAUUACCCCUUAGAAUGUGGUCCAUACUAGGUGACUUAAAAUUGUACGUUAAAUGUUAACAAGAAUAAAAUAUAAUAGUAAAUAAAAUGUCGUGUUGAUGUACAUAAAUCAUUUAAAAGCUCAAAUAUAUUUAAAUAAUAAAUAAAAGACUUGAAUAUAAACAGAUCGGUGGAAUGCUUAUACAGUUUGUUAGUAAAUGUCUACGUAUGUUAAGAUUUAUUUGAAAUAUAAUUUUAAAUGCACGUUACAUGAAAUCAUAGUCUAUUGUUUAUGUAUUUAUAAAUUUAUCAAACAUAGUCAUUGUAAUGUGUUCAGUAAAUAAGUGUAAAAGGUAUGAAUGUUGCCAAAUUUAAUUUCAAGGGAUGCCAAUAUAUUACGUGCCAAUUUCAAUAGAUCAGUACAUUGUUUUGGUAAUCUAAUGAAAUGUUAUAGAUGCAAAGUAUCUGGUCUCAUGAUGGGAAUCUUUUUAAAAUAAAUGUGAUUGUAUGGUUAGAUUUCAUUGUAAUAAAGAAUAAAAAUGAUA